AUGCCACGUAGCGAUCGUAACGCUAUCCAUACUGUUCUUUGCCACCCACCGCUUUUGAAUUGGAAAGAAUGUAACAAAACUGGUUUCUCCUCUUUGACGAAGAUACUUUUUAUGCUGUCACUUUCUGCGUCAAUAGUGGACGGAAUAGAUUCGUUCGUGGGUUUGUGCGUAUACCCUUUCCAUUUUGGUAUUGGCAAACUAAAGGGGACGGUUUGCGAAGUUUCAUAUCAAAUUGAAACUGCGGAUGAUGUAGCAGCUUUUGAUAUGUGCGAAAACAAUUCACCAUUCCCAGUACAAGAUGCUAAACCAGGAUUUCCAACAUUAUGUACUUACGAGAAGCUUUACUACUGCAAUGAAGACGAAAUCUCGAUAGGCAAAUCGUGUUUUUCUGUUCGAGGAGGAAGUUCUGUUUUUUCGAAAAGUGGAUGUGGAAAACGCUAUAAAUUACACGUGAUAGAAGAUCGAACAGAACUAAAGUGGAUAGUUGCACUUCUCUAUCACAAAAGUCGAGACUUCUUGUGGAUUGGAAACGCUGGACCUGCUUGUAAUUUUCUUAACCCAGUUACGCUACCUCCAGAAAAUGGACAAGGAAUAAUUAGCAGAGAACUAAAACCCUGCGAUACACCGAUAAAAAUUGUGAUGUCGUACGGAGCAAUGCGGUUUAUUCGGAGAGGUACUGCUGUGUAUGGAAGCAAAGAUGAUUUGCAUCCAUAUGUGUGCUCGAGACCUGCGGAAAUAUUUGAGGAAGUUGUAGAUGAAUUGGACGAAAGUUGCAAAGCACUAGGGUUGCAAUGUAAGACAGGAAGAGACAAAAAUGACAACUUACGACCAUUCGCAUACUUGCCUGUCAUGUACGCGGUCAGAGGAUCGAAAUUUAAUCCAGAGAUUCGUGACCUCCAUGACGCGUGCAGUAUGUUUUUCAAUGGAUAUCUUGCUUCUCUCAGCGACUUCAAAGACAAACAUGAGUGCGAAAAAACAAUUGGCAAGAUGAGUUCCUCGAUGGUCCGUGCCACAGUAAGACGUGAUGCCUCUAACCUUUUGGAAGCAAAAAAAUGUCAACGAGAGGAAAUGUUUAAAGCGCAGAGAAGAACAUGGUACUCUGUAGACAACAAAGGAGCUGAAGGUGUGCUCAAUGAAAUAGACUGGAGGGUCGAAUAUCCUAGUAACUUUUGCGCCGAUCUUCCUCGCACGACUGCUGGAAUAUACAAAUGUGGUUACGUUGAUAUUCCAACUUUUGCACGUCGACCGCUAGUUUGCACCUACGGAAAUCCUCCAAACGUACCAGUUCGCAACCGAACUGACAUUUGUAAUCCAGCGGCUUACUUUGACACCGUGCAGGGCCAAUGUAGAUGUAAGAAUCCAAAACUGGAUGGUAAAGUAAGAGAUCCCCAAAAGUACGCCGACUAUCCGUGGGGGACUGUGUGCUUUGAAUGUAUAACUGUGAAAGAGUCCAGGUCUAUUGUUUUCAUACUGGAUGGAAGCGGAACUGUCAGACCCGAAGGAUGGAAAGAGCAGAAACUAUUUAUGCUGAAAGUUGUUGACCACCUCAAAAACGUUAGGGUUGGGAUUGUUGUGGUACUUGACGAGUCUGAAAUUGCACUUGGAAUGAGCGAUUACGAGACAGUUCGCGAUAAGUUUCGGGAAUAUGUCUUCACUUCAGAUUACCCAUAUUCAUGGACUUCGAUAGGUUACGCAUUAUACCUUGCAAGAACGAUGUUAGAGAAGGAGAAAACAAUGCAUAAAACAAUUAUUAUCUUCAAUGACGGAGACUUUGAUAAAUGUUGGGGCAUGAAAUGUAUUUUCACGGGUAAAAUCUUGAUUAAAAUCAACUACCCGCAAAAAAAGGAGGCAGAGCUGCCGAGGGCUUGGAGGCGACUGACGAGCGUUGAAUUACCACAACCGAGUCUCGUCGCAGGAGUGCGGGUGUUGGUCUACCGAUUUGCUUCAAUGGGUGCACAAGUGGAUAUCCCGAGAGGACGAGGGCCGUAUUGUUAUCGUAUCCAUGGCCAAAUUUAUCAUCGAAUUGGAUGUUUACAUCCUAACGCAGGAGAAGGACGAGAGUAUGGGCAACUUCAUAUUCUUGACACCGAAAUGGCAGCUCAGCAGCGCCCUGGAAUCGCUCAAAAUUCGAGCCGUGAUGCAGACCUCAUGAGAUUUCUGAGCGAGUUUCUGGAAGACCUCAUUACUGGUCUUCUAUAA